CUGGCCCAGAGCACGUCCAAGAACUCCACCCGCUGGCUAACUGGUGCUCGUAUUGUUCGUAUAUUGUUCUGGCUCCGUUGAGAUUAUAUCCGGUGAUAUAGCUCAUUCUGUUUUCCUUGCCUCGCCCUUGUGCUCAUCACUUAGGCAAUUGCGUGCCGUGAUUGUGGAAAUUAGAGGGUGGGCGGUGGUCCCUCAUGUUUCGCGAGCGGUUUCAGUCGAAGUAUGAACCCAUCGGACGCGUGUCGUCUGCUCGUUGUUCUGACAUACUGGUUUGCUUACGCUGCUGGACAAGGGCAAAGCAGAGACACAGACUACUAUUUCGGGACUCGGGUGCGUUGUCACACGUGCGACGUCGAUUUCACCAUCGAGAAGUUUUCCGUGGAUCACCCGUGUCUGGUUGGCCGGAAGGAAAGGGACAUCGCCUACUGCAGCGUCAACUCUAACUUCUGCAAGGUAGAAGUGACGCGUCUGAACGGGGUCCUGGUCAGCUUCUCGCGGCGUUGUGCAGACAAAUGUUCUCCGAAUUGUUUCGAAAAGGGCUUCGGCAUGCUCAGAGAGCAAUGCACCUACUGCUGCCGACGGAACCCCUCUUGCGGGGAGAAAAGGAAGCCCUAGCCAAGGCUGGAAGGCCGAGCUCCUCCUCCAAGCCGUGCGACAUCGUACGACGUUUCUCGCAACUCUUCCGCUGCGCCGCUUGGAACUCUCACUGCAGCCCUGCUCCUCAUAUUUUAUCAGACUUUCACCUACCUACACUUUGAACUGCUCAACUCAUAUGCGUGCCUCGUGUAACCUUCUUCACGUUGUUCCUCUGUCUGCGCAGAAUAAGUAGGAGGAACAUAGGAACUGAGAGAAAAGCAGUGGCGUAAGUGAAAAGAGUAAUGCUACAAAUAGCAUAAGAAGGAUUUAAGCAGACCUGUAUACGUUACUUUUCCGGAAUUGAAUCACAAUAAUAACUACAUGCUCGUAAAAGUAGCUGAAUUACAGUUACAAAAUCAUAAUUGUAACUAAGUUAUGGGAAGACGGUUAGGAUCAACUUUUAUUUAAA